CAGUGUGUGUAGGGAGAGUCUCUCUGUCGUAAGCCUGGUCUCUAUUAUCUUGAGUAGUUAGUAGCCUGUACAGUAGCGCGUUGUUAAUAAAGCCUGUUAUAUCUGACUUCGGGGCUGCAGUUGGUCAGUUCUCUGAUGGAGGGAGAGGUAAAGAAGAGAAGGAGGAAGGACCAGAUGGUGAAUCUGGUGGUUGUGUGUUUGCUCCAGUCUGCUGCGGCCAGCCUUAUCACCGCAGAGUUCUUUGAAGUCAGAGGCCAGCGUGUGUGUAGGGUGGACCGGGCCCGGCCCUGCUAUAAACUGGCCUAUUUUUCUGACCCUGGACGGCGACUCAGCUUCCUGGAGGCGAAGCUAGCGUGUCGCCGUGACGGAGGAGAGCUGCUGAGCGUGGAGUCACCGGCCGAACAGCGAAUCAUAGAGCAGCUAGUCAGCGAGCUCCGUCCCUCCGACGGAGACUUCUGGAUUGGCCUACGUCGUAACCAUGGUGACACGGAAAACGUCGACGACUGUCCCUCACAGUACUACUGGACCGACGGGAGCCCCGCCUCCUUCAGGAACUGGCACCUGGACGAGCCGUCCUGUGGAUACGAGGUGUGUGUGGUGAUGUACCACCAGCCGUCCGCCCCUCCAGGCCUCGGAGGACUCUACAUGUUCCAAUGGAACGAUGAUAACUGUGACACCAAGAACAAUUUCAUCUGCAAGUACACAGCAGAGAUGGCUCCGGAACCCUCCCCCAACACUGCACACCCAGAGGCUCCUCCCCUAUCUCUGUCACCCCUGCCCACGACCUUUGACACCGAAGAGAAGAGACAGACCCCAGCUCUGAACAUGGUUUACAUGGUCCUGCCCGCCAUCCCGUUGUUGACGGUGUUACUAAUAGCAACUGUGGUCUUCUGCUUCAAGCUGCUGGCUCGACGGAGGAAGCAGCGUGAGCAGCAGACAGAGGCGUGUCCCAGCGAACCGGGGUCCUGUCAAAGCUCCGCCCAGCCGCCUGACGUCUACAACGUGAUUCGCUCCCAGCAGGAGGCCGACCUGGCUGGAACACGCCCCCACACCAAGAACACUUCCUUCUUAGGCUCCUCCCCCAACAUGUCCCCUGGUGACUAUGACAACCUGGGGGGUCUGAGAGAUACGGAGAGUGGUUUCGUCACGCUGGCCAGCACAGAGAGCAACUUCCUGUUGACCUCUGAACUCUACGACCACAGUCUGGGGCGACGCCAAGACAACCCAGACAUUUAUCACAACAGUCUGGGUCGGCAAGGCAACGGAGAGGUUUAUAACAACAGUCUGGGUCGGCAUGGUAACCGAGAGGUUUAUAACAACAGUCUGGGUCGUCAUGGCAACGGAGAGACGUACGAUAACAGUCUGGGUUGUGAUGGCAACGGAGGGACGUACAACAACAGACUGGGUCUUCAUGGCGCGUGGUGA